GGAACUUUGACGCAAUUUGCAAAUGGCCGUGAAAAGGACCGAUCUCGAGGGUGUAUGAGUAGCUAAUGGUGGUUGAAUUUGUGAUAAAAACUAGUGAAUAAUACAUAUUUCUGUGAGGUGUCGUUUAUAAUGUUCAAAAUGUGCCAAAAAGUGAGAAUCCAGUCUUAAUAGUGGUACAGGAAGCGCCCGAUAACCGCUAGAACGGACUACGAGACUAGCUGGCAGAAGGGUCCGUGCGUUGCGUAGCGAACGGACGCAGCGCGUGGCGGCCGACGACACGGUACUACUCGGCUGGUAUUGGUGAGGCGGCAACAUGAACGAAUUGGACAGCCUGCGCCAGGAGGCGGAGACCCUUAAGAAUGCUAUCCGGGAUGCUAGGAAGGCGGCGUGCGACACGUCGCUCGCGCAGGCGACGGCCAACCUGGAGCCCAUCGGCCGUAUACAGAUGCGCACGCGCCGCACCCUGCGAGGACACCUCGCCAAGAUCUACGCGAUGCACUGGGGCAGCGACUCCAGGAACCUGGUGUCCGCCAGCCAGGACGGCAAGCUGAUCGUGUGGGACAGUCACACGACGAACAAGGUGCACGCGAUACCGCUGCGCUCGUCUUGGGUCAUGACCUGCGCGUACGCACCGUCCGGCUCGUACGUCGCGUGCGGCGGCCUCGACAACAUUUGCUCUAUUUAUAGUCUGAAGACGCGCGAGGGCAACGUGCGCGUGUCGCGCGAGCUGCCCGGCCACGCGGGCUACCUGUCCUGCUGCCGGUUCCUCGACGACAACCAGAUACUCACCAGCUCCGGCGACAUGACAUGCGCCCUGUGGGAUAUCGAGACGGGCCAGCAGUGCGGCCAGUUCACGGGGCACACGGGCGACGUGAUGUCGCUGUCGCUGGCGCCCGACCAGCGGACCUUCGUGUCGGGCGCGUGCGACGCCUCCGCCAAGCUGUGGGACAUCCGCGACUGCCAGUGCAAGCAGACCUUCCCCGGACACGAGAGCGACAUCAACGCGGUCACGUUCUUCCCGUCGGGUUACGCUUUCGCCACUGGAUCGGACGACGCCACUUGUCGCCUGUUUGACAUCCGGGCCGAUCAAGAGCUGGCCAUGUAUUCGCACGACAACAUCAUCUGCGGCAUCACGUCUGUGGCGUUCUCCAAGUCGGGCCGGCUGCUGCUCGCCGGCUACGACGACUUCAACUGCAACGUGUGGGACUCGAUGAAGAGCGAACGCGCCGGUAUCCUGGCCGGACACGACAACCGCGUCUCAUGCCUGGGCGUCACCGAGAACGGCAUGGCCGUCGCCACCGGCUCCUGGGACUCCUUCCUCCGCAUCUGGAACUAAAUAUCCUCUACGCCCCCCCUCUUAUCCCCCUCCACACUCCACUUGUAAGCGCGUCUCAACAAAAUGGCCGCCACCGGGCCGCGUCAAAAUGGCGCCUUUUAUAUCUGAAUUUAAAAUGUUUAACGCGCGAGUUUCGAAUUUUAAAGUGUGUGAAUGGGUCGCGCUUGUCCUAAAAAAUAUUACAAUUUUAUCGGCCGCGAACGCUCGGUUUAACUUAUUGAAAUAUGAACUGUUACGCCACAGCCGUAAAGUGCAAAUUUCAACGCAGUUAAAUCGCCGAGACGCCCGUAAUCUUGCAGUAUUUAAGCUUAACUGAUCUGAUUCUGCGGUCUCUUGACUACGCAAAAGUUUUAACCACAAUCCCCGCGUAUUUUUGAUUGCGUAUCAAACGCUGGCGGGGAUUCGAGACGGCACAGUAAUCGCUUUACUUAUUUGUACGUAGGGGAUAAUUUCUAAAGUGGAAAGCAUUUAACGAGUUUCGAAGGAUAUAUAGUUUAUAUGUGUGCGUGGCGAACGUAUGUGUGUAUCACGAUCCAUGUUCACGUUAUAAUUACAUAUUACGUAUGCGUUAAUGUUUAAGUAAAUAGCGUAGCACCUAAGCCUUUCCCCGGAGGGCGGUCCCUGCCGUUUUAUGUUUCUGUGACUUGAUAAUACGUCGCACAAUAGUGAAAUCGUAUUAAAAAAAAAUAAAAGAACCAAAUACUAUUAUUAAUAUAUCUGUGUAAAAUUAAUUGAAUGAAAAAUUUGUUUUUUGUCAUAUAUAUAAAAAUUGUAAUUCUAACGGUUGGAGCUAAUUUAUGGUUUAAUUUUAUAAUUAUUAUAUUAAGUGUAAAUCUGUUUUUUUUUUCUAUCUUGUCUUAUUCACAAAACAAUCUCGACACAAAAAUUUAUAAUCUACAUUAAUAAAUAUGUUUUUAAACAAAUAAACAUCCUUAUCUGAACAAUUUGUUUUCAUUUUUCAAAUUUUAUAAAAAUAUUAUGCCAAGAUUGUUUACCAAAGACAAGUAGGAAAAAGCAGAGUGUAACAAUUAUCCGAUUAAUGUUAAUGUCUGUAUGUAUACUGUAUAAUAAAGAUCUCUCCUACAGGUCGUAAUCACCAUUUCUUAGGGCUUCUAUACACGUACUACAAAUCGACAAUGCACGAGUGCAACUCUGUCAUUCUCUAACAAAAUGUCGAUCAGACAUUUCAUUUCCUUGUCGUGUGUAGAUGCCGUUACAAUGUUUCUCGUCUAAAGUUAAGCAUUCCUCCGUCGUUUAUAAAACUAUGUUUUCAUCCCUUAAAAUGAUAGAAAAAGUUUAAAAACCAAGAUUGUAUUAAACAAAAUUGAUACCAAUGGAUUCGACCUCGAAAUACGUGGCUCACGUAUGUUACGGGAUGUAAGACGAACGUUUAGCAUCCUAUCUUCUCCGAUUUAAGAAAAUAACGAUAAUAUCUAAUCAUAAAGAUCUAAUUUCAUCAAUAAAAUUUCAAUACAAUCUCUAUUUGGUUAUAAGCUUUUUGAUAGGAAGGCUAUGUUCAUAUGUUAAUUUUUAAUGUAAUCAUAAUACAAUAUACUUUAACAUUUACAAUACAUAUUGUUAUCAGUCAAAACUUCGUAUCAAUAUCCCUACAUAACAUCUUGUAACGGUAUUAUAUAUUAAACAGGUGUAUUUAACAUGUAAUACUAAACAAGUCGUUCACAAUUUAUGACAUUCAGUACCCUAAUUAUAUGCAACGAUGUUUGAAACGUAUGCAACGAUAAAUCUUUGGGUAUGUAACGAUAUAACCAUUGCGUACGCAACGAUUAUCGUUGUUCGGUGAGAAUGUAACAUUGUAAUUGGGUGCAUAACGAUUAUUCGUUGUUUGUAAUCAUAUUGUCCGUUUUGAGUGUAACGGUCAAUGAUAAAUCAUUUUCUUUGUGAUGAUUAUUCUCUUAACAUGUGCAACGAUUUUCCGUUGUGUAUACAACAAUUAUAAUUGCAUCUAAUUCCGGUACUUACGUGUCAUCUAAUCCUAUCUCAGGUCAAAUGCAUUUUAUAUUUCAUUCCUAAUUUUUUUUUUUUUUUUGUAACGUUUGGUUUUUUAUACGAACGUUGAGUAACACGGUUUUAAUGUUGAUAUAAUUUGGUGUAAAAUCAGCAAUGGGAGCGUAGAAAUUAUGUCUAUAUUAUUUCUUGAGGUAUUUUUAAAUAUAUUUUUUUAUCGGGGGAUACAUUUAAUCUCAAUGUCGAGAAGUUAUCGCUCGAAAAUAAAUUGUAAACGUGGAAUUAUAAAAUGGAGAUUAAAAUUUUUAAUAAUUUAUCGAUAAUCUACAGUGUUUAGUUUUUUUUUUUUUUUUUUUUAUGUACUAUAUCUUGGAAUAGCAAAAACUGUUUUGAUAUAAUAGCAUCGGUAUACAAAAAACCCAAGAUGUGUACAAUCGAAAAUUCGAAAAGGUGGUACUGAAAAUAGAGCGCAGCAUGACCAAAUCAUCGCCCGUUUCCAAGUUGUUCACUGUCAAAACAUGUCGAAGCGUUCUUACGAAUUUUUUAAAAAUCGAACGUCCAAAACGCUGAUAAGACAUACUUUCUUUGAUAAGUGUAAUUCGUAAAUAUUAAUCGUAUUUAUAAAUAUAUAUAAAAAUAGCAUUCGUGUGGCUUUUUGAACGGAAAUGAAUAUCUUGGGUUUUUUAUAGAUCUAUGUGUAACUGCACAAAACUCUAAUAUUGUAUUUUAAUUGAAUAUCUAUCACAUUGCAACAAAUGCGCACGCGUUUUUGGCACUGAUUAAAUGCACAAAUAUUAAUUGAUCAUUAUUAUAGCCUUUGUUUGACCAAAGUAUCAUUAAAGCUACAUAGUCGUUAAUGAUACGUGGUGGUCGUGUUCAUGAGGAGUACUUAGGGUCUCAAAUGCACAUCGUACAUGAAACAGCUUGUGAGUAUUGGUUCUUGGGAUGGACGCAUGGUGAGGGAGACCGUGGUAUAAUCACCAUCUCACAUUUAGGGUGAGUAUUCACUGACACCAUUCGCUUAGUACAUUAAUGUUACAUUAAUCACAUCACAUCAGCGAAUUACGUUGAUAUGUAAUAUUUCAAGGCGGGGGUAAUGGACACGCUCAUGUAACGCCUCGUUAUUUGAGCAUGUUUCCGGUAAAUACUCACCCUUAGGGACGCUCGAACAUCACAUCGCGUCCCUUAUUAGUUCAUUUUUCUAGAAUAAGCUAGGCCAUAGUUAUUUAAGGGUAUAAACGACAGGCAUUCGUAACUCCCAGCAUUCUGCGGUGCCAACUGCAGUGGCCGGUUUUUUUUUUUAUUGUAAAUUCGGUAAGUAUACAGUUUGGUUUUCAUGCACAAAUUAUUUAUUUGACGGUCAAACCGUGUAGUUCUUGGUAUUGUAGCCUGUAUAAGACAAUAUUGAACUGGAUUGAGGGUACAGUUUUGUAAAACAAACAAACUAGUAUCAAAUAUAAUAGUAAUAUUAUCUGUACAGUCGAUUUGGCACUAGUGUU